AUGGGUUUCUUUCCUGACUACAUAACCCAUGGGAAUAGCCUCGGAGGCUGGAUUCAGUAUCAGGUCUCCAAACUGAAUGAAAACCUCACUGGCCCAUAUAUUCAAACUUCGGGCAGCAGCGAUACUCUGGCAUUUACUUUGUUAAGAUACCUACCCAGUCUUGCUGGCCUGAUAUUGGCCUGGUUCCUGGCCAGCUGCGUCUGGUACCGCUACAUUUCGCCCAUCUCUGACAUCCCUGGACCUUUUUUGGCCUCAUUCUCAAGACUAUGGCUCAUCCAGGCAUUGCGUCGAGGGAGGGCGCCACGCGAUUUCCUCGAGCUCCACGAAAAAUACGGCCCCUUUGUGCGUAUAUCACCGUGGGAAGUCAGUGUCUGUCAUGCAGAGGUGGUCAAGAAGCUGUACCUUCAGCCAUUGCGAAAAGGCACGUUUUACGAGUUCGCCACCUACCCAGACUGGCGCUUCCAAAACCCCAUGUCUGAGCCGGACCCAAAGCGAAAGGCAGAGCGCUCCAAGAUAUUCGCUGCUGGAUUUGCGCAAAGUAGCCUCCUCCGUUCUGAGGAUGUCAUCUCGGACACGAUUUCCCAACUGCUUGACUACCUGGACCGCUAUGCUCAGCGCAAGGAGCCUAUGGACCUAGACAGAUUCUUUACGUACACGGCUUUUGACAUCGUAGGCGAGAUGCUCUGCAGUAAGCCGUUCGGAUUCCUGAAGGAAGGCAGAGACGUGAACAACGCGAUCGCCACGAAUUUCUACUUUCAGGAGCUGGUUACUUGGGCCUCUCACCUCCGCGAGCUGCACUACAUCGCCGUCAACCCCAUCAUGACCUGGCUGAGCCUGACUCCUGCCUCUUGGCUAGGCGAGACCGCGUUCGUAGCUGUGAAGGAUCGUAUGGCGAGGCCAGUUGAGAACUUCGACAUGCUUAGCCACUGGUUGAAAUACAUGGACGAGAAUCCCGGCAAGGUCUCCACUCGCGAGAUCAUGUCGCAGGCUACGAAUAUCACGGCCGCUGGGUCGGACACGACGUCGUCUUUACUGCAGGCUAUUUUCUACCACUUCCUCAAGAACCCGGCGACGCUCGAGAAGGCUAGGGCAGAAGUCGAUCAGAUCCAGAACACCGACCGCGUCUUGCCGUUUUCUGAAUUGUGGGAGCUUCCAUACCUUCAAGCCUGCAUCAAGGAGGCGCUCCGUAUCCACACCCCGAUCCCCAUGCCGCUACCGCGUCUGGCUCCCAAGGGAGGAAUCGAGAUAGGUGGGCGCUGGUUCCCCGAGGACAUCACUCUUUCCGUUUCCCCGUGGGUCCUGCACCACUCGCGUGAACUCUGGGGCGACGAUGUGGACGAGUUCAAGCCCGAGCGCUGGCUGGGUGACGGUGCGGCUCGGCUUGAGAGGUGCUUCAUGCCCUUCGGUGUUGGUUUCAUGGCGUGUCCCGGACAGCAUCUCGCUCGUAUUGAGGCAUUGAAGGUCACGGCUACGAUAAUCCGUGACUACGACCUGCAGCUCGUCCAUCCGGAGAAGGACUGGCAAUGUAAAAUGUUGUUUGCCCAGGUUCCUCAUAGUUGGCCUGUCUAUAUCAAAAAGAGGACCACGUCCUAG